AUGUUGGGACAACCAGAAGAACUACUAAGUAAAGUUGAAAACGGCAAGUUAAAUGAAGUUAUUAUGACGAUUAUUGAAAAAGAGGAAGGGGACGCUGCCAUUCAUUUAAAAGCCAUUGGAGUUAGUGAAAUAAAGAAUAAAGAAAUAGCGAAAGAAUUGAGGGAGGAAGUUGGAAUUAAAACAGAAAGAUUAGAAAUUUCCACUAAACUAAUUGAGAAAAAGAAUCUACAAAUUAGUGAUCUACAAAAAGAAACCAUCAUCGCUAAAUCAGAACAAAAAAAGUUAAAAAAAGCAGAAUUAUAUUUGACUAACAAAUCUUUAAAAAGAAAACGAAAUGAUACUCAACAAAAAGGUGGAGAAAAAGAAAUUAAACUUCAACAGCCACUCAAAGGAGAGGAGUCGCAAGGAGAAAGUCGGAAGACUUGUGACUUUUGCUCUAAUCUUUAUGGUGAGGAUAAUAAGUCUGUUAAUCAAAUAGUAACUCGUAUUAAAGCGAGUGGUAAAUAUGUUGCGGAUGAUGUAGUUUGUGAAGAAUGCAAAGAAAAAUUCGAAAAUGAUGAAUUGUUAAAGUGUGAAAGGUGUGGAAGACUACAAACUAGACAUGAUUUUAGUUUUUGCACCGGAAAAUAUGUUUGUGAUUGCGUUAGAUAUAAUGAAGACUUAGAAGAAAAAGAACUUUCUGUUUCGCCUCCAAGGGAAAGUAUGAAUGCUUUCUAUGAACGACAAAUAAACAAACUGCGGGAAGAAAAAGCCGCGGCUGAACAAACCAUAGAAUUAGAAAGAGAAAUCCAUGAGGAUUCUAUGAAAGUUAUGGAUGACUGA